UCAUUUUGUCGAAACUUAGAACAGGUUCGGACUGGGGUAAAUCGCUCUUCUGAAUUUCAGCAAUCCUUCUCAGAAUCAUAUACAAGAAAAUUGGGUCCUCCAGGAAACUCAUCAAGAUGGGGAUUGACCACGGAGUUGACUCCCUUCUUAUUGUUGUAUUUUUGCUGAUGAUUUCAACCAAUUGUGUAAUUGCCUACCGCCCAGGUGACAUCGUUCCCAUGAGUAAAAUGGGUCAAUACCACUCUUCGAGGACUGUUUGGCAUGAUAUGAUUGGAAAACACUGUCCCAUUUUUGGGGUUAAUCGCGAGGUGUUGAUACCGAUUCCAAAACCAACUGGUUACACUGGAGCUGAUCCUUACAAGAUAUCAUUCCAAGUUGGAAGAGAAAAAUAUCACGUGCCAUGGCUGUUUGUGAUCAAUCGGAAGAGUUCUGAAGUUCCAAUGAUUGAUGUGCAUUUGAGGUAUGCUGGAGGUGAUUUGCUUGGUGUUACUGCUAAGGUCAUUGAUAUGCCUCAUCACUAUAUUGAACUUCAUCCUGAUAUACGUAAACAAUUUUGGGAUCCACAGCACUGGCCGAAGCAUGUGCUUGCUAGAUACACAUGGGAAGAGCAGUCGGAGAUAGAUGUGGCGUCGGGAUUUUAUGUUCUCUUUGGGUCAGGGGUCAUGCUUUCCUUCAUCCUGGCUGUCUACACUUUGCAGUCAUCUCGAGAUAAGUUGGAAAAGUUUGUAAGGGAGACUGUUGCCGAGACCAGCGUCCCUGGCGUAGUAGUGGCAAAAGUUGAAUGAUAGAGUUUUAUUUGUUAUAGAGAAGUAAGAUUCUGAAUUGAAUUAGAUGAUGGAAGGGUUAGGUGUACAAGUUUACAACAUUUUGUUAGGGGAAAAUUAUGUAGAAGUUAGAUUCUGGAAGAAGAAAUAGAAGCUGCUGCUUGAGUUUCCCUGUAAUUUUUUUGUUAUGAACCUUUUUCUUUCCAGAGUUCUGAUACACGUUUCGUCACCAAUAGGGUGAAAAAACAUUUGAUAUAUUUAAUUUUAUUUUCUAAGUUUUCCCCUUUU